UGUUGGAGGCACAGACAAAUUUUUCAGAUCGAUUUCCUUUUCUGGGCAAUGUGAGUCUUCGGAGACUGGUCAGACGGGACGACUCCGCGCAACGCCAGAUCUUACUAAGUGAAUUGUCUGCAGCUCUGCAGGACUAAGGGUGGAAAAAAGGUCAUUCUCCCCGGAUCUAAACAAGCUCCUCUUUCUUUAGGAGCUGUGCGCACGUGCUCAUUCAUCUGUCGAUGCUACCGGCUUCUGUUCUAUGUCUGCGUGGUAUCGAGCUGAGCAUUGGCAUGAUAGAGUCUUCAUGAGCAUGGACUUCAUGAUCGUCUGGCUGCUUCUCAUCCUAAGCAGCUUAUCCUCGUGUUCUGGUACCGCCAGUGACGUCCUGUGCUUGCAGCACCUGAAAGAAUCGCUGGGUGAUCCUCACGGUGCGCUCUCCUCUUGGAACUUCUCCCACAACGCCACGGAAGGCCACCACGACAUAUGCGGAUUCACGGGUGUCGAGUGCUGGCCUGACUACUGCAAGAACCGCGUCAUGUUCUUGCACCUCGGCAACCUGGGGCUCCAAGGCUCAUUUCCUCGAGGCCUUCAGUUCUGCACUAGCAUUACAACCCUGAACCUGUCAGUCAAUAACCUCUCAGGCCCCCUCCCUGCGGACAUCUCUCUGCAGAUGCCAUGGGUCACACAUCUACACCUCUCGCACAACAGAUUCUCAGGUGAAAUCCCGCCAGACAUCUCUCGGCGGCUGCCGUUCGUCACGUUCCUGGACCUUUCGAACAACGGUUUCUCCGGCGAAAUCCCGCGCACCAUCGCUGACCUGCCGUACCUGAACACCCUCAACCUUCAGAACAACCAGCUCGCCGGCCGGAUCCCGGAGCAGAUCGGCGACCUCGCUCGGUUAAAAUCACUGAACCUUUCAAAUAACUCGUUGUCAGGUCCCAUCCCGGGUUCUCUCCGGAGGUUCGCGGCCGAAGAUUUCGCCGGCAACGACGGUCUCUGUGGGGUGCCACUGGACUGCAAGUGCAAGAAGCGGAUGCGGCUCGGCCUGCGCAGGGUCAACGACGCUUCCAGCGUCGGCGCCGCGGUGGGUUUCGUCGUGGGGUUCGUGGCGGCGUUCUACUCCCAGCACUGGUUCGUCUUCGUCUUCUCCGGCCCUGCAUCUGCUGCGCGUGCGUGUGAUGCGUCGGAAAUUAUCAGCGUCUAGCCAGUAGCCACUGGGCAAUGUGUAAUCGGUGAAUUGAAAAUGAAAUUGCCUUUUUUGAAGUGGCCGUCAUUACUGCCCGGCAUGGUAUUGAUAGA